AUGGGUUCAAUAGAUCCGGAUGCCAGGUCACGAAGAAUCAAUAUGGCAUACCCGAAAGGGACGUUUUUGAUCCGUUUAUCCGAUACUAGCACGACUGAAGGCAACAAUGCUAUCUGGAUGGUGGAUAACUACCAACUCUUACAAAAGUGUGUAAUUGACCGCACGGAUGCUAACGGAACUCGCUUUUACGCAAAGACGGAGAGGUACAGUGGCUGGUUGGCAGAUGAACCAUGGUUGUAUUUCCCUUUGACAAGUAUAGAAAUAAUGAAGGAUCCCACAAAUCCCCAAAACCCUUUGAUUGCCCUCAUUUCAUCACCAACUCCCGGAGAAAUGGAGAACCACCGAAACAGUUGUUUGAACAUCAAACCCCUUAUUUAG